UUAUCGAAAGGAAAAAAACUACUAUAGAAAUCCAACCACGUUCGGUGUCCUUGGUUGCCCUUGGUUAACCAUCGUCAACCAACAUGGUGGCUAUGACGUAACAUGCACCACGAGAAUUCUUUAACAUAUUUUUUUGUUCUUUUUAGGUCUUAUGAUCAAAUACCCGCAGACUAAUUCCCAUUUAAGCAUAUCCACAACAGUCAAUUAUUUCCGUUCUUGUAGCUUUUCAUUAUGCAUAUGGCCAGGAAUCAAAUGGAAGAGAGAAAACAUUCUCAGGAAUUAUAUGCGACUGGCAUUCCUUCCAGCCAAGACUCCAUGUCUUGUCAUCAAGAUACACCAAACUUUGUGUGGGUCGUAAUUGUGCUCUUUUUCGCUGUCCUCGUUUUGUUGACCAUCAUCCUUUUAGUUAUCAUACGUAAACAACACAAGAUAAUCAUCAAACAAAGCAGAAACAUUGUCAGGCAAAGGGUUUUUCAUUCUCUUGACUCACAACCAGAACAAGUUUCUCAUAACGAGGCAAUUCCACUGGAAUCUUUAACGUCGUUUUCGACACCAGCCAACGACGACUACGAACAAAUAGACCAGUUUGUCAUAGAUCGACAACAUAAACAACAUCAACUACCCAACACACAUACUCAUACAACUAACCCCACUACUUAUGACAACACUAAGCAUAUGUCUAAUAGUGAUACCGCUGAACAGACUGGUGGCAGUAAUGGAUUUUCAUAUUACAAUACAGCGCAUGACGCUGAAGACACUACCGCUAUACAGCAAUCCAGAGAUAUGCUGGACUUGAGUGCCAAUCAUGUUGAAGUUUCAGUUCAAAAUCAUUAUCAAGAACUUGUCUCAUCAGGAAAACGUAGUGAUCAAGGAGUCUACCAAGAUCUUAGCCCUGAUACCAGGCAAGAAGACAGAACUAAAGGGCCUGGUAACUACGCGUCUCUGAGAGGUUCUGCUGUACAAGAAUAUCAGGGGCUCGUUAGAUCUGUUCRAUUCGAUACGCAUAAUCUGAAUGAGUGCAAUGCUUAAUAAAACAAUAAUGCUUAAUGAAAUUA